AUGCAGCGGCUGAAGAGCUUCGUGGUCCGGCAGCUGGCGGACGCGCUGUCGGACUACGUGGAAGGCAUCACCCCGGAGACGGUGCAGGCCAGCCUGGGCGCCGACACGGGGGCGCUGGACCUGAAGGCGCACAUCAACCCGGCCGUCCUGCGGCCCUUGGGCCUCGAGCUGAUCAGCAGCGCCGUCGACCUGCACGUCUCCAUCCCCUGGCGCCACCUCGAGUCGCAGCCCUGCGUGUUCGAGGUGCGGAGCCUCCUCGGCGAGGUCUCCCUACGCCCUGGCGGGGCGCCGCCGGUAUGCGACGGGCCAGACCUGGAGAGGGCGCGGGCCGACAAGGAGCUGGCCGUGGCGAAGCUGGAGGCGGCCGAGGCGGCGCGGCAGGCUGGCGACCAGGGCAUGGCCCCCGGGCGCGUGGCGAGGGCGUCCCACGCCAUCCUGCGGCAGCUGCAGGCCUCGAUCCACAACGUCCACAUUCAGCUGGACCGGGCGCAGUGGUCGCAGGCGCCGGUGUCCCUGGGGCUGGAGUCUGUGCAGCUCCAGAGCGUGGGCUCCGACUGGCGCUCUGCCCCCGACAGGGACUCCAGGGACCUCUUCAAGGUCUUCGAGCUCAAGGGCCUUGAGCUCCGGGAGGACGGCGCGGGCCUGGAGAAGAUCCUCGGGCCAGUGGCGCUGGAGGCCAAGCUGCACCACGCGGCCUCGGAGCGCAUGGUCCACCUGCAGCUGUCCACGCGCGGGGACACGCCCGCCACGCUGCGGCCCGACACCGUGCGGCUGGCCUGCCGGUGCCUCGCGUCGGUGAUGGCCGGCCCGGGGCACGCCGCCGAGGGGCAGGCGCACGUCGUGGCGCUGACCGAGGAGGCUGGGCGGGACUACGCGAAGCUGUACACCCGGAAGCUGCGGGGGGAGGCCCUGAACCUGGAGGACCUGCGGAGCAUCGAGGACGCGGCCCCCGCCGAGUGGAUCGCGGCGUGGCGGAUCCACGUGCGCAAGCUGCAGAAGGAGGCCAGCCUCCAGCCGAGGCCCUCGACGGCCUCGAGGCCUGCUCGGGCGAGCUGGACGUGGACCUCCUGGGCGACGGGCAGCCGGGGCCAGGAGGCUCCGGAGCAGCAGGAGCCCCUGGCAGCGCUGGACGACUUCGUCGGCGGCGCCGUCGCCGAGGGCCUGCUGGACGACGCCAUCGGCGCCGGCCUGGUGCCAGAGGUCGAGCUGCCCAUGGAGAUCAAGGUCGACCUGGAGAUCGUGCACGUGAUGCUCAGGUGCGUCGGGAGCUCCUCGAGCCUGCGGUUCGACGUGCAGGAUGCUGCCUGCUGCGUCGAGGUCAGGGCCAAGGCCCCGCAGGUCUGCCAGACCACGACCCACCUGUGGGACGUCGACGGCCGCGCCCACCUCGCCUCGCUCACGGUGCAGCUCGGCAGCGAGCCGGUGCCGCUGGUGGAGCUGGGGCGGCCGGGACAGAGCGAGCACGCCCUGGACAUGCGGCUGGAGCUCUCGCAGCGGGACGCGCUCGUGUCGGGGUCGCCCCCGUUCGACGCCCGGCUGGAGGUGAAGAAGAAGGCGAUCUUGGUGCGGCUGGCCUCGUGGCGCCUGCACGGGGUGCUCGCCACGGCGGUGGACAUCGCCGGCCCGCUCCUGGAGUGGUGCCGGGAGGGCGGCGGCCUCCCGCGCCCCGCCGGAGAGCCCUGCGGGGCCCCCUCGCUGCCGCCGGGGCGCGUGGCCCCGCAGGCGGGCGCGUCUGCGGUGAGCAGCUUCGCGUCGGUCGCCUCGGAGUCGUCCACGGCCGAGGCCACGGUGAGGAUGGACGUCAGCAUUGAGGCCCCGAUCUUGCACUGGGAGGUGCCGCACGGGGCAGCCAGGCUCGAGAUGCGGCUCGGCCACUUCUGCGCGCGCACCGGCAGCCACGACGGCACCGCGUCGGGCGCCAUGUGGACCCGGAUGCCCGAGGCCGCUGGGGUUUCCCUUGUGGCCUUCGGCUGCGCCUGCGAGCUCAAAGACACGAGCGCGGUCCUGGUCAGGUCCUCCGGCGACCCGCUGAGCGUGUACGCGCUCCCGAACCUGAGGCUGCAGUUCGGCCUCGAGCCCGGCGGGGCGACCUCCGUGCGGGUCGCCAGCAACGACGUGAGGGUGCACGUGAACAGCGAGCUCACCCGGUUCCUCGGGCAGUCGAGGGCGGGCCUGGACUACGCCAUUGCGCCCCUCGCGCGGCUCGGCGCCGGGGCGCCCGCGGCUCCGGCGGCCCCGCCCGCGCCGCAGCAGCUGCGCGCCCCCGGGGACGAGCCGCCGGGGGCGGGGGGCGCUGCCGGGGCGGGGAGGGAGCUGCGGGUGGACGUGGACUUCGGGCACUUCGAGAUCUGCCUGGGGAAUGCGCUGCUGCCCGCCGCGUCCCUGUCCGUGCGGCGCGCGACCCUCGAGGUGGCGCAGAGCUCCGAGAGCCUCGGAGUGAAGGCCUGCCUGGCAGAGAUCGGCGUGAGGUCGAGCGAGCACGCCCUGGUGGACUGCGCCAGGGUCGCCGUCAAAGUCAGCAGCGUGCCCGCCCAGAUGGAGACGGAGCUCACGAUGGCCCCGCUGAGGGCGCGCUGGGCGGCGGCGCCGGCCAGGCGGGCCCUGGGCAGCGCCCAGGAGGCGGCGCGGGGCUACGACGAAGGGAAGAGGCUCGCCAGCCAGGAGCAGCCCCCGUCGGACGACGGCAGUGCGCUGUCGCUCUACUUGUGGAACGCGUACGUGAAGGAGCGCGCCGAGAAGCUCGGCGAGGACGCGCAGACGUACGUGCAGCAGGAGCUGGGGCAGCUGGGCCUCUCCGGCGCGGCGGGGGCGGCGCGGGCGACGCCCUCCUCGUCGCAGGUGUCCCUCGUCAGGUUCAGGUGCGAGGAGCUGCGCCUCUCCGUGGAGCCUGGCGCGCCCGACGGAGGACAGCAGCCGGUUGCCCUGAACGCGUUCGGCACCAGCGGGGGCGUGGAGUGGCAGGCUUCCGGCCUGAAGGGGGCGUUCUCCCUGGACAGCGUCAGCGUCGACAUCGGCCGCCGGCGCGUCCUGUCCCCCAAACAGGCACAGGGCAAACUGCUGGACGUGAAGAUCAGCGCGGGCAAGGGCCAGCCGCCCAAAGUGACAGUCAAUUGGGCCCAGGUAGUGGCCGUGUACAUGCAGAGUGACCUGGGCUCGCUGAUGGAUCUCGUCCGAGCCGACGUUCUCGAGGUGCUGUCGCCCGCCGCGGAGCAGGGCCCCUGCGACGCGUCGCCCCCGCCCGCGGCGCUCGCCGCCUCCAGGGCGCCGGCGCCCGCGGCGCCCGCUGCCGGAGGAGCGGCCAUCGCCCGGCUUCAGUACAACCUGUCCAUGCGAGCUCCUCUCGUGUUCCUGCCGGUCCCCACGUCCAGGGCGCCCGUCGCGUGCCUGGCGCCAGAGGGCGAGGAGGUUGAGUUCCGGCCCGACGCGCACCAGGAGUUCCUCGUGGUCGACUUCGGCUUCCUGGAGGUCCGCCAGGGAGCCGCGGUCAGCGAGGUGCAGGUCACCCUGACAGACGCCAGGGUCCUCACAGGCUGCGGGAGCCAGCGCGAGGCCUGGAAGCAGGCAAGCUUGAUCCCUCAGGUGGUUGAUCCCCUCGGUCUCGGGCUGCAGCUGACGAUGGAUGAUAGCAGAAUCAACGUCUUUCUAGAGUCGCCCCUGAACGACCUCGACAAGCAGCACCUGAGCCUCACGAGGCCUCUGCCCCCCCCCGGAUGCCCCUGGCACGCGGGCCUCGGCGCCCCGCCGCCGCAGCGGAUGCAGCAGGACGCCGGGGCGGUGCAGCCCGAGCCCUCGGCGCGGGCCCUCGCGGCGGCCUGGUCAGGCCAGCCUGACAAGAUGAACCUCAUUAUCACCUCGCUCCAAGGGCUAUCUCAACAAGUGGCGCCCUCCGCCACGGACCAGAUGGAAGCCACGCAGCAUCGUUGUGACUACCUCACUACGCAGAUGCAGACGAUGGGAAAUGAUAUUCGCUCUCAGCUGGCUCAACUUGAGAGGGCGAGCGCGCUGCGGAUGCUGUCCAGCACGCUGAAGGCUGCUGGCGAGGCGAUUCGUUCUAAAUACUUCCCGCUGAAUGAGCAGAAUAACCUCACGGCUAAGGCUUUCGACCUCGCGCGCAAGGACCCUGUGAACGUGCUCGUGGCCGGCUUCACGGCAGGACGGAGGCACGACUGCGACGACGACGACGAGGUCGGCGACGACCGCGGCAGGGGCGCCGCCGCCCCGGCCAAGCACAUCUCCUUCAGGCCUCUAGCUCCGCCCUCCGUGGGCGCUGCGCCGGGGGUCUGCGUGGGCAUCCGCGGCGCAGGGGCCAGGCCGAGCACGCAGGCCGCUGCCGCCGCGGAGGGCGCCAGCCGCGGGCGACCGGCCGCGCACCGGAGGUCCCUGGUCGUCCAGGACGCCCGCAGGAGCGCGCGCAACGCGGACAAGGCGGCCCUGCGGUGCGCGCCGCCUGAGCCGGGAGCGGUCGGUCUGCAGGUGCUCAUCAGUAUGCCCUCUCCUGGCAGCACCAGCGGGAAGAACACCAUCGAGGUGGACCUGAACCGGCCCAUUUUGCUCGUGCUGCCGCAGUGGUUCAUGGACCUCUCCACGUGGUCCCUGUCUGGCUACCAGCACAGUGCGCUCGCCACAGCGACCGCUCCGUCCAGCGGGAUGGCCGCAGAGGGGGCCAAGAAGAAGCCGUUGAAGUUGGACCUCGGCAACCUCACGGAGAAGAACGUCGGGCAGCUGAAGAAGCUAAACGUGGCCACGUUCCCCCUCGCCUACAACGAGCAGUUCUACCAGGACCUGCUGCAGAAGAGCCUGCGAUUCUGCCAGCUCGGGUUCUUCGCGGAGGUCCUCGUGGGGUCCAUCUGCUGUCAUCUCGAGGCCAGAGAAGGCGGCGGCAAGUCGUUGGUCAUCUUGACGCUGUCCGUCCUGAAGCCUUACCGGCACCGCGGUCUCGCCAGCCAGCUCAUGAAGUGGGCGGUAGACCUGGCGCAGGGCGACGAGGGGAAGGCAGAAGACGUGCGCGAGAUGCGUCUGCACGUGCAGACGUCCAAUUCUGGCGCGCUGGCCUUCUACAAGAAUUUCGACUUCGAGAUCACGGACACCUUGACGGGGUACUACCCCAAGGACGUCCAGCCGCCGGACUGCUACGUCCUGCGCAGGCAGCUGGCCCCGGCGGAGCCGGCACCGGCGCGCACGGAGGCUGCAGCCGCCUGA